AUGCCGGCCAUUGAAGCGGUGGCAGACCUCGGCGCUCUCAAUAAGUGGGCGUGCGAAUACCAUAUCGCAUCAGAGGCCCUGGAACCCAGGCGGAAGGCACGCGGAGCAUCCAAGCCCUUAGCGGAGUUGGCUGUGACUCCGCAGCUGUCCCGCGGAAGCACCGUGGAAGGAAUUGGCUCUCGCAGUGGCUCGCUCGAAGCGAGCUUGAGGGACGAGGAGCGUUGGUCCGCCGCCACCACGCCGAAGGGGGACCUGAUGUGUCGGAUUCCAAGCAGGGGAUCCCAGGCGCGUUCCUCCAGAAGCACCAAGGAGCCCUUUCCUCAUAGCCCGAGCGGCUCGGCCCUGGCCCUUCCCACCGAGAGCGAGGAGCCUGUUGGCCUUGGCCCAGUCGGUGAUUCCGAGGACCGGGCGGAGGAGCCUGGUGUGUGGGCCCUCGCCAUCCGGGAGGACCAGGAGACCUCUUCGAAGGAGACCCCGUCCGCGCUGGCGCUGGCGACCAGAUCGGAAGACCUGGCGCUCGUUCCUGUGGCACGGCCGUCACCCAAAACACGGCGGAUGAAGACAGAGUUGCUUGCUACCCACCCGUGGCUGCAGCAGCUACAACAGAGGUCCUUGCAUGGGUCUGUUCCCAGCUCUCCAAGCGGCACCCGUUCGUUCGGAGGAAAGCAGGCAUCGUCGACCUCGAGCCUGCCUCCGUUGGACAACCUGCAGAUUCAGCUACACGACGGUCAGAAGAUGGAGUUGGUGGCCUACGCUUCCCCGCGAGCAGCUUCCCGUGGAUCAGCCCCUGCUGUAGAGGAGCCGAAGGUCGUCACGAGGCCAUGGCGCGAAACUUGGAGCAGCAAAGACGAGAUGGCGCUGAAACAGGUCGCCGCCGGGACCGAACGACAAGAGGAGGGUCUCCUGCCUCAGAGCAUCCGCUCCAUGGACUACUGGCGCGCCACGGAGCUUUUCCACCUCUUCGAUCGGCGCACAGGCGAGCUGGACAAGCUCGGGUUCUACCACUUGCUGACGGCUGCCUCACGCGACAGGGAGAGCAUUGCAAGGAGACGGAGCGAUGGGAUUUUUGACGAGAUCGACAUCGAUAGCUCGGGAAAGAUCGACAGGGAGGAGUUCUUGGGAUGGGUCUUCCAGACCAACAACAGCUUUCUCAGCUCAGUGAGGAGGCGUUUGGAGACCAUGGACCAGGUGAAGGUGAAGGCUUUGUUCGAGCAGAUGGACCACGACGGCAACAAGGUCGUCGACAAAAGCGAGUUUUGGGAUUUCGUUGAGAAGUUUAGUCCGGGGAUGCUGUCUCGGUCAGCGAGCGAUGAGCUCCACGAAUUUAUCGAUGCGGACAAGUCUGGAGGUAUCGACGUGGACGAAUUCCUGAAUUGGGUGCAUCCUGGACGGGAACUCAAGAUGCUCCGGGCAGAGGCGCGUCACGACAAGGGGAUCACCGAGAAGGUGGCGACGAACAUGGUGGCCGUGGACGAGAACUCCUACGUGGCUCCCAAGAAGCCGCUGAUGGAGACGGAGCCUGGCAAGCCCGUGGUCCUGGAAUUCUGGAUUGGCAGCGAAUGGACUCCGGCCUUUGAGUCGAUCAAGCGGAGCCUCCGCAAUGUCUUCAGCCCACAGCAGAUCAGGUUUCAGAGUCGCCGAGAUCCUCACGUUGUCCACACCUGCUCAAAGCUCGUCGCCAAGGUCGGUCGUGGCAUCAUCCUCUGGGACAGAGAAUCGAUGCUCAUGUUCAAGGACGAUCCCUUCAUGAACCAGGCGACUGCAGGCAAGUGGCUCAAGGAGGUGCUUCUCCAAUGUCUUCCGGAUGUUAUAAACGCCGCCAAUGUCAGGCUGCUGAAGCGGAAGAAGUUGCACGUUUGUUUUGAAUGCGGAAAAGCUUUGGAAGGCUCGCGAUACAUGAAUGUCUUGGAGUACAAAGUGUGCAGUAAGCUGCUCGCCCGCAACUAUGUGAAGUGUAACGCGGUCAGAGGGGACGUCUGUGGCUCCUGGCUGAUCGUCAUUUACACGAUGUUGUGGGUGGUCCUCGUGUUUGCGGAAGAAAGUUUAGCCAAGAUUGGCGAAAUGCAUGGCGAUUGCCAGCUGUGUGGAGAACAGCAGGGCAACUGCUUAGCCCCUCCGGCAGAGAUCGACAUGUGCCUUUGCGAGUGGAAUGCGAUGCCAGUGGACAGUGUUGAGGUGGACCCGCUUGCCUUGUGCUUCCCGAUCUUUGACGUGCUCUUGGCGGCCUGCCUUCUCGCCUUCAAUGUUCAUGUCGAUCGCUGUCGUUUGUGUGCAAGCGAUGUCGGCGAGGAGCUAAGCUUGCUCAGGCGAGAGCGGGAGAAGGACCAUGCCGCAGAGAUCCAACGGUUGCAGAAGCGCUUGGAGGAAGCAGAAGGCCCGCAGCAUUUGAAGCUUGAAAAUCUCAAGAAGGAGCUUGACCUCACGGACAAGCUUUUCGUUGAGCGCAAUCAACACUGCCGAAAGGUGGAGCUCGAAAAAGCCAACGUGGCUGCAACACUGAAGAGCAAGGAGAAGGAGGUGAAGGACUUACGAGAGGAGUUGGGGGUCGCUACGGAGCAGGUGCAGGCAGCACAGAGACGCCUGGCCGAGAAGGAGAAGGAGAACAAGGCGCUGCAGCGAAAAUGCGAGCGGCUGGAGCGCAGUCUCAAGGAAACGGUGGUUCUGGAAAGUUGUGGCCAGCAGCAGUCCAAGAUCUAUCGCUCACAGUCUGGAGGCAUGCUGGCCGAGAAGAUGCACCAAAUCCGUCUUCACUGGUGA